AUGGCUUCUGUUAAGUGGUAAGAUUCCUUCAAAUAGGAAAAAUUCAUUUUGCUUAAUUAACUAAUUUUUAAAUUUAAGAAAGCAUGAAAGUUUCAAGUUAAGCUUUUUUAUCGUUUUAAUGAAAACCAUGAUAAAAACAGUGUUAAAAGAAAGCUCCAAGGUUUAUUUAAUUUUCAAAAAAUAAGUCAAUAGCUUCUACUAAGGUACUACUUUCAUUAGGUUGAAAAAAAUGCAUCAAGCUUCGAAAUUCCAAAAAAUCAGUUCUUCUCAUGAAUUUCUCGAAAUUUCCAGCACGAUCAUCCUCGCCCUGAUCGCCGUCUUGGCCUUGUUCCAGCCGAUUUCCGGCCAAUAUGUCAGUUUCUCCAAUAUUUCCUGAAUAAAAUCAAGAAAAACUUACAGUACGCCGCCGAGUCGCUGUACCCGGGUUACGGUGGCUACUACGGUAGCUACUACAACGGCCUUUACUCCGGAGUCUAUCCUUCCGUCUACAGUCCUUCCUACGGCACCUACGGAUCCGUUAUCGUCAAGAGAUCUGUCUGAUGAACUUCCUGCUUGAAAAAUUGUACAUUUUUGUCAAUAAACGAUUUCGAGGAAGGUUCAAUGACUUUUUGGCUAAAAAAUAGAAUCAUUAUUAUUUAUGUAAGCUAGCAAUCGUCAGCAUAACAAAAGGCAGUUCAAAAAUCGCAUUUUAAUGAAAUUUGUGAAACGGGAAAGCUUCUUUGUUUUUUAAUUUACCAAGAGAACAAAAAACGACUCAAUUGAAUGAGAAAAUUCUUAAUAUUUUCAACGAUAGGAGUUAAAGAGACAGCUGAACUUGCCACGUGGGAUUACACACCUUGCCUGGUUCCCUGUCAGCGGCCCGGUUAGCUCAGUCGGUAGAGCACCAGACUCUUAAUCUGGCUGUCGCGGGUUCGAGCCCCGCAUCGGGCUUCAAUCACCUUUUUUGUCUCUUUUAAUUGAAUUUAAAUAGAAUGAAAUCACAAGGAUUUUGAAGCAUAUUGAGCCUUUUUUGUUCACACAAAUGAAAAAUUAUUUGCUACAUUGGAUGAACUAUGAUGAAAAUUUUUUUUUUUCCUGAAUUUGCUUUGAAAGUCUAUUUAUGAAAAAUUUUCUGAAAAAGGAAUAAAGGCUCUGAAAGACUUUAAAUUAUUCUAAAAAGGGUUCCGAAGAUCGAGAAUUUUGAAAGUUUCAAAUAAAUAAACAGUUUUUUGAGCAAUACUUCUUCAUUUGUAUCGCGAAAGUUGUGAUUUUUUGGUUUUUGUAAUAAUAAUCUGAGCAAAUACCAUCAUGAAACGCAUUUGAAGCAACUUUUUUUGGAUUCCAAUAUAUUUUCAUCUAGAAAAUGUUGAAAUUUUUCCGGUGAAAGGGACAGUCAGACAUGCCAUCUUACAGUAAUUCUUUUUGACCUCGCCAAUUUUUUGAUCUCGGUGCCCUAGAGAGAGAGAGAUGGAUUGUCAUCAUAUUUUUAUCGAUUUUUACAUUGGCCGCUUUUUUGAGGUUUUUUUGAUUAUAUUUUGUAUUUUGUUUGUAGUAAAUGAUAAAUUGAAGUUUCCUUAUCAGUUAAAAGUCACUUUGAAAAAAAAAAAUAGAACUUUUCGAAUAUUUUUUUGCGAAAAAAAUAGAAAAAAAUUCGACUUUAUACUGUUUCUUCGAAGGUCUUUCAUUUUCUAUCAUUCAAAUUUUAUGUAGUUUUCUUUUUUUUUUCCCCAUCCCCAUAGAACUCUCUGCAUCGCCAUAAACUUCCGCCACAACGAUUCUUCUAAAGAAAGAUGCGAUAUAAAAAAAUUGAGUUUUUUUAUUGUGCGAUUGUAAGAAAUGAGGAAAAAACGUCGAAUUUUCAAUGAAAACUUGUAAAUGAAAAAUUUCUGUUGAGAAAUUUCGAAAAAAAUACGCCUUUGGAAUGCCGUGUUCAAAGUAAUUUCGGCGAUUUUAAAAUAGUCACGUUAUUCGUUUAAAAUGAAUUCACGAAAUAGGCAGAAUUGCUAUUCCGAGAACGGCAAGAAAAAAUGAGUCCUACAACGAUAUAUCGUUAAAUAUGCAUUUUUACCGUAAUUUCUUCGCGGGAACUCAAAAUUUUGGAAUUAUUUGGGCAUUUUCUACUGAAAUUUCAAAUUCGCACGUAAAACUCACCGUAAAAAUGCGUAUCCAACGAUAUAUCGUUGUAGGACUCACCUUCCCAGAAUACCAAUUUCGCCUAUUUCCCGAAAUCAUUUUAAACGAAUAACGCGUUUAUUUUGAAAUUGCCGAAAUUACUUUGAACACGGCAGAAGACGCAAGAAAAGAAUUGAAAAGUUUUCCUGGCGCGAAACGUAUGGUUAAAGUAGGGUACUCAGGCAAAAAACGUCUCCCGCUGCUUUUAACUAGCAAUUUUUUUUUCCUUUUUUUGAGCGUUCAAAACUGCAUUUUUGUUUUUAAACUCACUAUUUCUUUCGAUAUGAUUUGCCCGUUUUCAACAUUUUUUUGUUUCAUUUUAUUCUUUUCAGAAACUUCAAACGCCCAGCCCCACAAAAACGUUUUUGCAGUCGUGAACGAGGAAAAAUCUCUAAUCUGCGAUCGCGAGUUUAUGUGAGUUCGAAGAUUCAGUUUUCGGAUUAAGAACUUCCAAAAGCGACUUCGAAACGUCCAUACUAAGAGCGUUCCAGGUUUAUUUCCGAUUCGUUCUGGAGAAACUGUCCUGAUUUCGAUACAAAGACAAUUGAUGACCGGGAAUGCUCUUCAUAUUUAGUUUUGGACGUUUCAAUGUCUUUUUUUUUUUUUAGUUUAUCUCGUAGUUAAAUUUUCAUGAUUCUAAUCAAGUGAUUUCGCUUUUAAUACGGAAAUUUCACAGUGAUUUUUUUCAAAAAAAUUAUCAUCGUAGAAUUAAUUCAAACUAUUAUAAGAAGAAUUUUGAAAAUAGUGUUUUUGAGAUAAUUGUCAGGAAAGUAUGCCAUUCACAUUCCAAUAAUCUUAGAGAAUGUCUGGUAAUUUUUGGUAACUUUUCCCUCAACGUCAACUUUGAGAAUAAUGCUAAUUGCUGAAAGGAGACAUUUCGGAGCAUCUCUUCUCGGCACUGCUUUUUGCUAUUCCAACUUGAUAUAAAAACCGCCGUUUAGAGUAACUUUGCCCUUUUUACUUGGCGAAAUUCUGAAAUAGCGAUGUUUUAGAAGUUUUGCCGAUGAAACAGUGCAAAAUUACUUCUAAACGGUGUAUUUUUGAUGCUGAAUUCAAGUUGGAAUUGCAAAAAGCAGUGCAGCGGAGGGGUACUCCGGGAAGCACCCUCCUUUCAGCAAUUAACAUAAUUCUUGAAGUUGACAUCGGGGGAAAAAUACCCGACGCGCUCCAAGAAUUCUGGAAUCCGUGAAUCCCAGAUGGCUGUCUUUUGCGGGAAACGCCUGGCGGACCCGAACGGGGGUUGCCAUAUUGAGAGCGAGGCCACUCGCCACUCGACCAAACGUCCCUGGUCGGCGAGAGGCAAUCGGUCCCUCGUACCAUCGCUUGGUCCAGUGUUGGCUUGGGAGGAGAGCCUCGCCGUUUGA